AUAAAACGUCACAUCCUGUACUAAACUUACAGUUGGGGAUCACAACAACUUCAAAUUCGCUUUUUUGUUAUUUUCAAGCCACCCUGUGCUUCAUAAAUGCUGCUUGAAAUAAACGUCAGUUGCAGUACCGUAAGUCAAAAACUAUUAAGAAACACCAGCUUGGUCCGAAAAGCAGCCCGCCCAUUAUUACGUAGCUCAUUGCGUCAUUUUUGUUGGCGCCAAAGACUACUGCGUCCACCACGCCUCUAUAUCUCUAUUUUUCUCAAAAUCGACGUAAUUUUUAUUACCCUUCAAAGCAUAGAACUGGGUACGGAAUCAGGGAACACAACGAAUGGUGCUUCGGACGCCAUUGAUCACGGGACUGGCCAAACGAAACAAGUCUGGACAUAGUGCUGCCUAACGCUGUGACAAUCACUAGCGCCCAGUGGUCACUUACAGAUUGGUCUGUUUAUCUUUGUUAACUUGUGUAAUUCAUUUUAUAGCGAGACUUAUUACUUGCGUGAAGCUGAUCGCAAAGUCGCUUUUCAACAAAAUGAUAGGACAGAAAACUAUCAACUCGUUUUUUUCGCCUGUCUCGAAAAAGAGGAUUUCUAAGGAGUUAAAUGAAACCGAAGAUGUGAACGAGUCAAAGAAGCCAAAGCUUUCGGCGGUGGACUCAGAGCCGUCCACGCCGCCUAAAACCCCUCUGUCACCGGAGGACCUGGAGAAAAUCGCCCGCAACAAGAGAGCAGCUUUUGAGCGACUCUCUUCCUCCCAGUGUCCCCCAGGGUUCGGUGAGAGUUGGAGGAAAGGGCUGUGUGGGGAAUUUGGAAAACCAUACUUCAAACAAUUGAUGAAUUUUGUGUCUGAAGAUCGGAAACGCACCACAGUGUAUCCACCUGUCGAAGACAUCUUCACCUGGACACAGAUGUGUGACAUUAAUGAUGUCAAAGUAGUAAUCCUUGGUCAGGAUCCAUAUCAUGGUCCAAAACAAGCCCAUGGAUUGUGCUUCAGUGUUAAAAGACCAGUACCACCCCCUCCCAGUUUGGAGAACAUGUACAAAGAGCUAGCUACAGACAUUGAAGGUUUCCAGCAUCCUGGACAUGGAGAUCUCACUGAGUGGGCCAAACAGGGCGUGUUGUUGCUCAAUGCUGUACUGACAGUCAGAGCACACCAGGCAAACUCCCACAAAGACAAAGGCUGGGAGACCUUCACUGAUGCUGUGGUGCAGUGGCUCAGCACCAACCUGGAGGGGCUUGUCUUCAUACUGUGGGGGUCCUAUGCUCAGAAGAAAGGAGCUGCUAUUAAUAGAAAACGUCACCAUGUGCUCCAGGCUGUGCAUCCUUCUCCCCUGUCUGCACACCGUGGGUUCUUUGGCUGCAGACAUUUCUCAAAGGCCAACGAGCUGCUGAAAAAAUCUGGGAAGACUCCCAUAGACUGGAAGGCACUUUAAGUUACUGUUUGUGUAAGAGUCACAUUCUGUGUGAAAGUGAAUUACUGACCACAUACUUCCAGUAAUCUGUUAACAUUGCAAAUAUGUUUAUAUUCCCUGUUCCCUGAAGCUUUGUCUGACUGCUUUUUUUUAAAACAGUUUAUUCUUAAAAGUCUGUUCCAUUAAAGUAGUUCCUAAAAGUGCA